UCAUGCAUUUUAUUUUUCUAUAUUUUCAGACCAAACAGGAUGAAGGGCUAAAGCCAGUGAGUGCCAGAGCUGAACUGCAGCUGAAGCCAGUUCCACUCCCACAAGCUAGGGCUGCAGGACGGCAAAAUGGAACACAUUGUAACUUCAGGUGUCACCGGUGUUUCGGGCGUGACCCAGGUGACAGGUGUGGGUUCUAUGGCGGGGGUCACAGGUGGUGUGGUUCAGGGUGUGGCUGGUGUGCAGACCCUCAGUCCUGUAGGCAGUGUUGCAAGUGUUGGUUCAGUGGCUGGUGUAGCAGGGGUAACUGGGGUGACUGGAGUGUGGUAUAAUUAUAGUCCAGAUGCUGUUGGACAGAUUAUAACUACCAGUCCAGCUGUGCAAGUAGAGCUAGGGAGUCCAGAUAUUGCACGGCAAUUUAACCAACAAGUACAGGCUCAGUAUGGUAAUUUGCAGGUUCAGGUGCAAGCUGUAGCUGCCCAACCUCAAGUUGUCAAACCUCAGCCUGCUGUAACUCCUGAUCCUCUCAUGGUAAAACAGUCUAAGCCUCGGGUGCGUCAAAGUGGUGGUGAACGAGUCCCAUGCCCUGAAUGUGGAAAAACCGUAUCCUGCAAUGCUACCUUGAGGGAUCACAUGCGAACACAUACAGGGGAACGGCCUUUUGUGUGUGGUGAAUGUGGUCUGGCUUUUGCACAGCGAUCCAACCUUCGUAUGCACAAGAGACUUCAUACUGGUGAAAGACCUUACAUGUGUGGUAUUUGUGGAAAAACUUUUGCACGUUCCUCUCAUUUGCCAGCUCACAUGCGAACCCACACUGGUGAAAAACCAUAUGUCUGUCAAGAAUGUAACCAUGCCUUUAUCACGGCCCAGCAGUUAAAGAAUCACUUCCGAGUGCAUACAGGAGAAAAGCCUUGGAAAUGUGAUUUAUGUGAAGCUGCAUUUACCCAUUCAUCAUCAUUAUCUACGCACAAGAAAAAACACACUGGACAAAAGCCAUUCCAGUGUGAGAAAUGUAAUAAGGCAUUCUUCUUUAGUUCAGCAUUAGAUAAGCACUUGAAGGUGCAUUCCAAGGCACGUCCCUUCAAAUGUGAUUCUUGUGAGAAGGCAUUUAAAUACAAAGAAAGUUUAACAGUUCACAAAGAAAAAUAUUGUGGAAAGGAGGUUUCCAAGAAGCCAAGAGCUCCUCGUCGUCCUGAUGCCAAAAAACCAGGGCCAAAACCAGGAAGUGGUAGAAAGUAUGUGCAGAAAAGGAAGGGCAGGCCACGUGGCAGGCCUCGCAAGAGAGGCCGCUGGGGAAAGAGAGGGAGACCAAGGAAGUAUAUUAAGGAAGAAGAUGAGGAAGAGGAUGAUGAUUAUGAUGCAGAAUUGGAAGCAGAAGAAGUAGCAAAUGACACUAUUAUUGAGGAAGAUUUAGAUGAAACAAAUGAGGAAGAACUAAUCCCAGAAGCUACAAUAGAUCCUCUAAAAAUAGAAAAGAUUGUUGCUGAAGAUGCAGAAUUGCAACAUGAACACAUGGAACAUCAAGAUGAGCUUCAUCACCAUCAAUUACAACAUGAGCACCUCCAGCAUGCAACACAUGAGAUCCACAUUGAAGAUGCUACAGCACUCACUAUUGUUUCUCCUGAAGAAGCAGAGCAGGCAGCUGUGGUAGAAGCUGCUGCUGCAGGUGGGGUGCAGCUAGUUACAUUACACUCUGAGGUCCCACUUCAGAUUGUAUCACAUGACCCGCAAGCGCAAGUUACUCACCAGUUGAUCACAAGAGAUGGUGUACAGAUGUGGUAUCCCCGGCAAUAUCAGCUCUCCUGUGAUGAAAAUAUAAUGCUCCAGAAGUUUUUAAAAGUCCCUGAACUGACAGUUAUUGAGUUUUUAACAUUCAAGUGUAUAUUGAGAUGUAUCAUGUUAGGAUCACUGUUUAGUGUAGUGAAGAAUUCCUUAUCCAGAUGGGCCUGGUUCAGGAUAAUUCCAAGUAUGAAGUGGUGUUGCAAAGCUUAUUAUAUUGGACAUGGGCAGUUAUGCUUGAAUCUCUUGCAAGUGUUGCAUAUAGUUGUGUUCAAGAUGAAUGAGAGGCUUGGAGGGUUUGCUGCAGAUUCAGAAAGAGCUGUGAGCUUCAAUGUAAAAACUGUUGGCGCCUUGGAUAUCCUGUCAAACACUGCCGCUCCACAGACCGAUGCCUCAUAUGUGUCCAACCCGGUCAUAACCGAUGAAACUGCUCUGUACAAACACAUGCUAACUGCGGCUGCCCCCAUAAUGUAUUUUAUAGAGGUUGUCCCACUUACAAGCAAGUCUGUAGAGUGCAUCGUGGCUGUAAGUGAAGACAGCUACAUGUCGCUGCCGUUCACUACCUUUUUUGAUGAAAGGGUUGUGAAGCAGAACAAAAUGACUCUUCCACCAAACUCCGUCAACAUGAACACUGUGUACAUGGACCACCUUGUACAGGUGGGCCAGGCUGGAGCCCACACAGGAUGGUAUGACUACAAUGCUUUUAACAAUUUGCUUGUUGCUCCAGCUAUGCAAGCUCCUCAAAUAAACAUGCAGCAGCACCAUCAUCAUCCUCACCCGCAAGAGGUUGUGGCCGCACCACCUCGCCCAAAACCUCCAGCAUCUCGGCCGAAACCACGGACAGCUUCCACAGAAAGAAGUUAUUUUUGUGACGUUUGUGGUGCCUCCUUUUCCAAUUCUUCCAAUUUAAAAUCUCACUCAAGGAUCCAUUCGGGAGAGCGUCCAUAUACCUGUGAAGAAUGUGGUGCAUCAUUUGUGCAAAGUUCUAAUUUGAAGGCGCACAGACGUAUUCACACAGGGGAGCGUCCAUAUACAUGCUCAGAGUGUGGGCAAACCUUUUCACGCUCAUCUCACUUAACAGGGCAUAAGAGAACUCAUACUGGGGAAAGACCAUAUAUAUGUGGUAUCUGUCAAGAUUCCUUUGUUACAAGCACGCACUUGAGAAAUCACAUGCGAAAGCAUACAGGUGAAAGACCCUUUCAGUGUCAAAUUUGUGAGGCUGCAUUUGCACAGAAUGCUUCCUUACAGAUCCAUCUGCGCAUUCAUACAGGUGAACGACCUUAUAAAUGUGCCGAUUGUACAGCAGCAUUCCGAUCUAAGGGAGAUUUAAGGAGUCAUAGAAAGCUUCAUACAGAUGAGAGACCUUUUGGUUGUGCAAGAUGUGGUAAAGUUUUUAAAACCAAUCAGUAUUUACAAAAACACUUAAAAAAAUGUGGAGCUCCACCCACUGGCAAAAAGCGUGGAAGGCCACGCAAAUUAUUGUCUGCUGAUACAAUGAUGUCCUCAGUGCCCAAGAGAAGUGUAGGUAGAGCAGCAAGAGGUAGAGGCAGGGGAAAGGCGAAGCGGGGACGUCCAAGAGCAAGACCAACUCGCAUUACACGUCACACCAAGCUGGAUGAGCAAGGCCAGAUAGUGCGUGAUGGGGAAUUUGAGGAAGAUGAGUCGAACACCUUUGAAGAGAUUAUUGUAUCAGAUAAAGUUGCAAAUGGUGAAAUUCUGAACGAGCCAACAAGUUCAGAACAUUUGCAAGAACAUUCUUCUGACCCACAGGUUGAUCCUUUGGAGCAGCAAGUGCAGCAGGUUCUUCCUGAGCUUAAAGGUUCAUCAGACCAGUUUGAGGAAAUAGCAACUAAUGGAAUGGAACAGGUUACUGAUGUUAGCCAUUCUCUUCACAUUGCCCAUGUUGGACACAUUGAUCAUAUGCCAAUUGAAGCCAUGGAAAGAGUUGUCCAGGCUACACAUUAUUAGAUAUGCACAUUCUCCUUAUGAUCCAUGUUUAUCCUUAGUAGAAAACAAAGUGAUAGACAGUGUCAUUUAUUGAAUUCUUUAUUUUAGAAUAUUGUCUUAAAGUACUUUAUCUGUACUGUAAAUUCUGUACCAUGCCUUACUCAUGGAGAAACUGAGACUUAGUAUUUUUAUAUCUUUUAUGAGCUGAAACAGAAGGGGUUAAAUUGAGGAUCACAUUUUUUUAAAACUGUGAAUGCAACAUUUUUAUCAGUGCUCCAUUUUGCACUUCAUUCCAUAACAGUAAUUUAGGUUAUAUAUGUUAUUUAUACUGUUAAUGUAUGUAGACAAAU